GCCUUCCUCCUCAGGUGCCUCAGUGCUACAGGAGAGCAGAACAAGGGUGUGUUGGAGAUUUGGAUCCAAGGUGAGACCGAAGCCCUGAGCUGCGGUGCAAUCAAAGAUCCCGGGAACCUCACCGUUUCGUCCAUCCAGGUGUCAUGUCCGAACAGGCAGUUGCUGUGGCUGGUGGAGUGGUAGCUGGACUUCUGCUCCUGGUCCUCCUGGGGAUCGCCGCCUACCUCUUCUGGAAGAGCAGAUAUCUCAAGGCCUCUUACGAAGAACUGACUGGACCCGUCACCCCAGGUUUGCAGGAGCCAAAAGUUGCUCAAUCGACUUCGGUCCCUCCUCAAAAUGCCAGAGCAAAAAGUGUUCCUUUCAUUGUCCCACCCAAAUUGCACCGACAAGGGUGGACCAAUAUGCUAAAUGGAGAACAAAUUCAAGAGGAGAGUGAGCUUUAUGUUACCUCAGACUUGGGACCCCGAUCCUCUUUCCAUUCUUUAGCUGGAGCAUACUUGGUAGGGACCAUCAAUCCAGAACUCUACCGGUUUCCAGAAGACAAGAGUGAGACGGAUUUCCCAGAAGGAAACAUUGGUCGGCUUUGGUUCUCCGUGGAAUAUGAAAAAGAGUCAGAAAGGCUCCUGGUAUCCUUGAUUAAAGCCCGAAAGCUGCGGCCUCCUUCUGGUUCCUGCAACCCCUUGGUGAAGAUCUACCUGCUCCCUGACGAGAGACGUUACUUGCAAUCUAAAACAAAACGCAAAAAUCUCAAUCCUCAGUUUGAUGAGGAUUUUGUGUUCCAGAUUUCAAGCACUGUUUUAUUUCAGAAGACACUGAAGUUCUGUGUCUACCAUGUGGAUAAACAGAAGAAGCAGGUUCUCCUGGGCCAAGUGAUCUUCCCACUGAAAAACGAAGCUUUGGCUGAAGACGGGAAGGUUGUCACCUGGAGAGACUUGGAACCAGAUAACCUGGAGCCACCUUCUGAACAUGGCGACCUCCAGUUCUCUCUUAGCUACAAUGACUACCUGGCCCGGCUCACAGUGGUGGUUCUGAGAGCGCGAGGUUUAAAGCUCCAGAAUGAGAGAAACAGCACUGGUGUGUGUGUCAGAGUGUCCCUAAUGAGCCACAGCCAGCUCAUCAAAAGCAAAAGGACCACAGCUAUCCUGGGAUCCUCCAAUCCGUCAUACAAUGAGACAUUUAGCUUCAAGGUGGAUCAGCCAGAGCUGGAUGCAACCAGCCUGAGCUUGUCUGUUCUCCAAGGGGAUGACGAGACCUCCACCCUGGGCUGUGUGAUUGUGGGGCCCUUCAUGUACACCCGGGGGAAGGAACUCGAACACUGGAACGAGAUGAUCAGUAAACCCAAGGAGCUGGUGAAAAGAUGGCACGCGUUGUCGCUUAGCAGCUGAAAACUCUCCCAAGAGAGCUUCUGUCCCCGCGAAAACUGGCAGAUAAACGCAACAAUGGGGAAAACGAAGUAAUCUGCAACCGUGAUGUCUGCGUUAUUGGAACUGUCUCCUGUUAUGUGAAGACUUUUCCCACUCUCAUGCUGUCUGACGCAGCUCGCCCAAAUUCUGCCUUGAUCAAGGAAGUCUUUUAGCUACUCCAUGAUUCUUGAAGAAUGAAAUUAUAAACCUCUA